AUGGGUUUUUUAACACUUUUGAAAAAAAUGAAACAAAAGGAAAAGGAAAUGAGAAUUCUCAUGCUGGGAUUAGACAAUGCAGGAAAAACAACUAUAUUGAAGAGAUUUAAUGGUGAAGAUAUUAAUUUAAUUUCACCAACUCUUGGCUUUAAUAUCAAAACUCUUGAGCAUCGAGGUUUUAAAUUAAAUAUUUGGGAUGUAGGAGGACAGAAAUCAUUGCGUUCUUACUGGAGAAACUAUUUUGAAUGCACAGAUGGUUUAGUUUGGGUAAUUGAUAGUGCUGACAAGAGAAGAUUAGAAGACUGUAAAUCUGAAUUACAUCAUCUAUUAAAUGAAGAAAGGUUGGCUGGUGCUACAUUAUUAAUAUUCUGCAAUAAACAAGAUCUGCCUGGUGCUUUAUCAAGUGAAAAAAUAAAAAACAUAUUAGAAUUAAAUGAAAUUAAAACACAUCAUUGGCAAAUUUUACAUUGUAGUGCCGUCACAGGUGUUAAUUUAUUGAAAGGAAUGGAUUGGCUUAUCGAUGAUAUUUUUGCUAGAAUCUUUACUCUUGAUUAA